GCUCUUGUGCUGCUGGGUUUGCUGCCGCCGCUGUCUUAAAGGCUGGUGCGGCGCUUCUAAAACAGUUAGGCCAGUAGGGCGGACGCUGUGCUCUCUUCUCUCGGUUGUUGUUUCCUUGGGGAGUGCACCCUCCCUCACCUGCCUGGUUAAAUCCGGCUUCACCAUGGAGGCGCAGAAAGAAGCUCUGCAGAGGAUUAUCUCCACACUAGCCCACAAAAAUGAUGAAAUCCAAAACUUCAUUGAAACUCUAAAUCACACUUUGAAAGGAGUUCAGGCUAAUUCUUCCAGUGUAAUUGCUGAGCUGGAUGAGGAGUUUGAUGGCUUAUACUCAAUACUUGAUGAGAUGAAGGAGAGCAUGAGAACUAGUAUAAAGCAAGAACAAGCUCAUAAAACCCAAGAACUUCAGAAUCAACUUAGCCAAUGUGGUAAUGCCCUGGAGAAUUCUGAAGAACUGCUAGAAUUUGCUACUCGCUCACUGGGCAUAAAGGACUCUGAAGAAUUUUCAAAGGCUGCCAGACAGAUCAAGGAUAGAGUCACAAUGGCUCCAGCAUUCCGCCUGUCUUUGAAACCCAAAGUGAGUGACAACAUGACACACCUGAUGGUGGACUUCUCUCAAGAAAGGCAAAUGCUCCAGGUGCUAAAGUUUUUGCCAGUUCCCAGAGCUCCAGAGAUAGUUCUAGCAGAUUGCUUGGUAGCUGACAACUCUGUAACAAUAUCAUGGCAAAUGACAGAAGAAGACAACAAAAUUGAUCACUAUGUAUUGGAAUACAGAAAAACCAAUUUUGAUGGGCUUCCUCGAAUAAAAGAUGAGCGGUGCUGGGAAUCUGUAGACUACAUUAAGGGCACUGAAUAUACAUUAUCAGGUCUGAGGUUUGACUCAAAAUACAUGAACUUUCGUGUCAGAGCUUGCAACAAGGCUGUGGCUGGGGAUUAUUCUGAUCCAGUGACAUUAGAGACAAAAGCUCUUAUAUUUAAUCUGGAUGGUUCAUCAUCUCAUCUUAACUUGAAAGUUGAAGAUUCCUUCGUUGAGUGGGAUUCCACAGGAGGCAAAAGUCAAGAAAACAAAAUAAAAGGAAAAGAGAACAAAGGCAGUUGCCAGAUUACCCUUCUGAAGAACAAUACAAGAAGUGGGACUCCAUCUCCAAAGCGGUCAUCAGUUAGCUCACGCUCACCUUUGAUAAGGGGCAGCAGAGAUAGAUUUACCGGGGAAUCAUACACAGUAUUGGGAGAUACUACUAUUGAGAAUGGACAACACUACUGGGAAGUAAAAGCCCAGAAGGACUGCAAAUCCUACAGUGUGGGAGUAGCAUAUAAAAAUUUGGGGAAGUUUGAUCAGCUAGGAAAGACUAAUACAAGCUGGUGUGUACAUGUAAAUAACUGGCUGCAGACUACAUUUGCAGCCAAACACAACAACAAAGCAAAAUCGCUAGAUGUCUCUGUUCCAGACAGGAUAGGAGUCUAUUGUGACUUUGAUGGAGGUCAGCUUUCUUUCUAUAAUGCCAGCUCAAAGCAGUUGUUGUAUACCUUCAAAACAAAAUUUACCCAACCACUAUUACCAGGCUUCAUGGUCUGGUGUGGUGGUCUCACAUUGACAACAGGGCUGCAGGUGCCGACGGCUGUGAAAACACUGCAGAAGAAUGAAAAUGGAUUAAGCGGUUCAGCUAGUAGCCUAACCAAUGUUACCCAAUGAUGUUUCCACUUCUUAAGUUAACUGCUUUUUUUUGCAGUUAUUACUCAAAGAGCUUGUGAGCAGUGGUUUAAUGUAUUCUUGCUACUUCUAAGGCCUGAGCACCACUAGUGGGGCUGAACUGAAAUGUUAGCAGGAGUGUACUGUGAAUCUGCAGUGUAAUAGGAAAAUAGACUGUUCUUUUUUUAAAGAGAAUUGGAUAUUUGAGGUUGUAGCUUUGUACUACCGUUAGACUAAGUUUGACUACUUGUCCUAUGGAUUCUUGACAGAUCAUUUCAGUAAAACAUGGAGCAAAGACAAGUACGAUCUUAGUCUAAAGGCCCUCAUCGUUUUUCUUCUCUCUAGGUUUCUGACACUCACUCCUUGACCUUGGAAAAGGAGAUGAGCUGGUGGGUAAACGCAGGAGCUUUAAAAAUGAAGACCAUCUAAAGCUAGUCUAAUUUUCCAGAACUCAUUGUAAUGAAAAGGUGGGGUGGGGGGUUAAAAUACUUAGGUUUUGUUUAUUAAUUCAAGGUAGCUUUUACACAGCUGGGCACCAUGGCUAAUGUUACCACGGUCUACAUAAUCCCAAGAAGUGCAUUUUAAACUGGUGCUUGGACACAGUGUCCAUUAACUAUGUAAAAUGCUUUGAGGAAUGGAAGAUUUCACUUUUAGUUAACUAUUGUGAGAGCAAAGUAUUUCUGACCAGUUUUCCUCUGUUAAAUCUCCAGCAUCUGUGUUUAGUAAUGAGGAAAUUUAAGACAAUUUUUGCAGUUACCCAUGCUGAUAAAACAGUCCUCCAGCUUUUCUGAAUGUGUAGAGUUCAGUACACUUAUUUGAGGUAACUGUACACUCAAAUCAAGUCAUAUUUAUCCCACUAUUUUUAUGUGUAAACUAAUGGCUUGUGCCACAUCUUGGUUUUCAGAUUGGGUCAUGAAUUACUCAGUGGACUCAAAACUAUGUAUCUGGUCAACUCCUGAUUUGUAACAUGGUAAACAUCCAGAAUGAUCUUACCUUCAAAUCUCUAAAGCACUUUUCCUUAUAUGUCAAAAGUGGAUUGUACAUUCCAGUUUUAAAGGCUUCUUAACUUCUGAGUUCCUUCCGUGAUGUUAGAAGUAUAUCAGGCUAUAGAUGGCAUGUUCACGUUUUAUACUAACAUUUUGAACUUGGCAUCCUAUUCAUUUAUCCAUUGUAGGACUUGGUAUUAGGUUUUUCAUAUUCUGUGAUCUGCUGGCUCACUCUUGAGAAAUUUCACAAAACAGUAUGAAGCAAACUGCUUUUUUAUUAAGGACAUUUGAGUGUUUUCACUUUUAGAGAAAUGGAUACAUGCAGUUAUCUUCAAAAUGUCAAAAUUCAGUUUGAAUGUUCAACUUUUCAACUGAAUAAUGUAAAUUGCUUCAUCAGAAUUCCUGUGGCUACUUUGAUCUAAUCAGUUUUCUCAAAAUGUUCCUCUUGCAAAAGAGUUCCCUAGCAACAACUCAGAGUAAAAUUUCUCAGAUCCCUUGAGUAUCAUGUUCUACCCAGUCUUAUAUUUUCUAACAAACAAUGAACCCAUUAUUUAUCUCAUUGUAACAUUCUAUACUGGAAGAAUCGUCCUAUCCUUCUGAUAUGUAUAGCUUUGUAGUUGCAGCACUUAAAUUAACUUUUUUAUUCUUUGCACACUUGACUUGUGAAAUAAAGAUGUUUUGAUAACUGGUUGGUUAUGCCCAGUGAAGAUAAAUGCCACCAUGCUGCUUGAGAGAAAAUAGAAAAUGCUAAAAGAUCUUACUGAUGCUUUGAGUACUGUAAAUGAGCAUCAGAUUACUCUGAAUCAUGCUGCUAUACUUGUAAAAUUGGAAUUACAUGUUGAAGGUUGUUGCUCUGUCUAUGAGCAGUACUGUCUUAAUAUGGCUUGUAUUUGCUAACUGAAGUGAUCUAAAAUCAGAGUUGACUGAAUAAUUUACAUGCACAAGGUCUACUGAAUUAUGCAGGCAUCUGUGUAAAUUUUCCACAAAUCAACUGAUAUGCAGUUUUUAUUCCAAGUGUAGUACUAGUGUUUAAAGAUUUGACAUGUAUCAGGAAGCAUAAACUUAGAAUGGUGGGUUAUUUUUACCCUUAUGGAAGGAUCAUUACUGUGAAAUCUGAGGCACAGGUGCUUAGUUCUGAUGGCUGCUCAGCAGGGUAGUCCCAUAUCACUUUAAUGAAAUAGGGUAUGUUGACAGAGGAAAUGGCUUAAGCACUUUAGACAUUGUUUAUGAAACUUGAGCUAACACCACUGAUCGGUUCUAGUUCUAUGGCAGGCAUGCAGAUAUUAGUGCAAUAGAGCAAAACGAUUACUUGAUUUGAUUGCAUUAACUCUUCAGGUAGAUACGCUAGAUAACAAACAAGACAUAGUGUGUAUAUAAUUUGCCUGCUCAUCCCUUGUAAAAUUAAAGUAUUUUUAUAUUUGUAGCGAAUUAAAGUUUGUUUUGUAUAUUUACAGGAAGAAACAAAUAUGUAUUGCUAACUUAGUUUACAGAAAUUAUGGAACCAUCUACUGUAACAUAAUUAUGUAACAAAAUGUGACUCCCUUUUAUGUUAUAGAGUAGCAAACAGAAUACACAAUUGAACUUAAAUCCAAAACUAUGAGCUUGUUUAGGUUUCAGAAGAGCAGCUAAAAGCCCAAGCCAUACAUAUGGUAAUAUGAAUGGGAUUUUAAGGGUCUAAUAUUUGGAACUUAUACUAUGACUAUAUGAGAUAGUCUAAGAAUUCAGUUUAAGUUUGAGGACUAUGUAAUGAAUCCAUAAUACAUCCUUAUCCUUUAACUGAAUGAAGCAGAAAUAUUCAUAUAAGAUCGCCUCUGUUCUCUACCUUGUCUCCUAGGACCAGAUUCAUUUAUGUGGUGCAGAACAGUUUUGAGGCAAUCUGUAAUCUAGCAAAUACUGGCAUUUUAAUUAUGCAACUUAUAACUUAGUGUGUGGUGUAUCAAUAAAGUUUAUUAGUGUGUGACUGCCACACUUGUUGACCUUACAUUUUAUGGUCAUUACUUUUGUCCUUGGCAUUAAACUGAAGUGUUCUGGAACCUUACUGAUUUAAAAGGGAAAUCUAAACCUGUAUUCUCAGUACUGUACAAUGAGCAGUUUCUCUCCAUAAGUGGACUGUUCAUUUUCACCACUGAUAAAAACAUGUCUGCAUGUGCCUUCUCAAAGUGGCUCCCUAUCAUUGCUCCGGCAUAAAGUAUUGAGAUAAGAAUGCAUAUUAAUUUUACAUUCACACUGAUCUUACUAAAUGUGGACACUGCAUUGACAGUACCUCAGGUAUUCAGUGCUUCAUUCUUUAUCCUAGCCAAGUAUUCUCAGACAACAGGCCUACCUGCCAUAACACUGUACAACUGGGGUGCUUUAGAGCCCAUGGGGUGUUUUUAUUUGCUGUGUCUUUAAGUCAAAUACGUUUUGCAGGGGUUUUGUAUUAAUAAACUUAUGAAAACUCGUAAA